UUUUGCACCGUCAGCUGUUAAAUAAAAUUACCAAUCGGACUGCACAACUUUCUUACCUUACAAACAGAAUUUUAUAUAUUGAAUUAGUUGUACCAAAGAAAAAAUUAAAUGUUAAGAAAAAAUCAUAAUUAAAUUAUAAUAAACAAAUGCUCCUAAUUGGGUUAGGCUUUCUGUAAAACUAAAUUGGCAAACUAAAGAGAAAGGCAGAAACCGUUUCGGUUGCACUUAAGGAGCUUGAUCUAUUUUCAGAGACGGACAACAAUGUUUUUGCAUAACAGGAAUCUGAGCAAGCUGGCAAACAAUGUUACCAGUUUCGUCACGAGCAAUGUCCGCUUCAGCAGCAGCAGCAGCCAACAAGCCAAAACUGCAAUACUCAUGCUGAACAUGGGUGGACCCCAGCACACGGAUCAGGUGCACGACUAUCUGCUCCGAAUCAUGACGGAUCGCGACAUGAUCCAACUGCCGGUGCAAAGCCGUCUGGGCCCAUGGAUAGCACAGCGUCGCACGCCCGAAGUCCAAAAGAAGUACAAAGAGAUUGGUGGUGGUUCGCCCAUUUUGAAGUGGACGGAACUGCAGGGUCAGCUGAUGUGCGAGCAGCUGGACAAGCUGUCGCCCGAAACGGCGCCGCACAAGCAUUAUGUAGGCUUUCGCUAUGUCAAUCCGUUGACGGAGAAUACGCUGGCGCAAAUCGAAAGCGACAAACCGGAGCGCGUGGUGCUCUUCUCACAGUAUCCACAGUACAGUUGUGCUACAUCCGGCUCCAGCUUCAACUCUAUCUUCAGUCAUUACCGCGACAACACGCUGCCUGCGAACAUUAAGUGGAGCAUUAUCGAUCGCUGGGGCACACAUCCGCUGCUGAUCAGCACCUUUGCCCAGCGUAUACGCGAGGAGCUGUCAAAGUUUGUGGAGACGAAGCGCAAUGAUGUCGUCAUAUUGUUUACGGCACACUCACUGCCACUCAAGGCAGUCAAUCGGGGAGAUGCGUAUCCCUCGGAGAUAGGUGCCAGUGUGCACAUGGUUAUGCAGGAGCUGGGCCAAAGCAAUCCCUACAGCUUGGCCUGGCAGUCGAAGGUGGGACCAUUGCCCUGGCUGGCGCCGGCCACAGAUGAUGCCAUCAAGGGUUACGUUAAACAGGGUCGCAAGAAUUUCAUCCUGGUGCCGAUUGCCUUUGUGAACGAGCACAUUGAGACGCUGCACGAGUUGGACAUCGAGUACUGCGAUGAGCUGGCCAAGGAGGUGGGCGUCGAGGAGAUUCGUCGUGCGGCUGCACCCAACGACCAUCCGCUCUUCAUACAGGCCUUGAGCACCAUUGUCGCCGAUCAUCUGAAGUCACAGCAAUCCGUCAAUCCCAAGUUCCUGAUGCGCUGCCCCAUGUGCACCAAUCCACGCUGUCGGGAUAGCAAGAAAUGGUAUCAGCAGCUAUGCGCACAUUAAGAGACUCAAUCAAUUAAUAUCGUCAUCAUUAUCAUAACCAUUCAUUCAUUAAUUCUUGGGUAUAAAUGGGUUCCAGGUUUAGAUUAUUUGAGUCUAAUAAGGCAAUAAAAAAGACACUGCACAAACAA